AUGCUUGUCUCCCUAUUUUUAGCAUUUCAAUUGUUCUAUUCAGUUACAUGCUCUAUAUCAUGUUAUAAUUGUCCUAUGGAAUUCAAUACUUUUGAUUCGAUUAUUACAGUUGACACUAUACCAAACAAUCUUAAAAAUUGUUCAAUUAAGACCGAACAAUCUGAAUGCUCUAUUCAAGUAAUAUGGAUGCAAAAUCCAAAUCAAACUCGAAUAGCACUUGUAGGCGGUGGUGAAAGAAGAACAGAAUCCGAUGAACACAAUCUCAAAAAUGAUAUUCUAUUAAAAAAUGACGGUAUUAAAACGCAAUGGACGAAUACUAUUUUGUAUGUAUGUUCUACUGAAAACUGCAAUAGUCCAUCAACUUUAAAACAUCUAUUAAGAUCAUUAACAUCAAAAGAUAAUUUCAAUGAAUUUUCAUAUCUUCUUGUAAUGAAUGAACAUUUUAAUGGUACAUUAUGUUUCUUUUAUGCCAAUAGUAGUGUAUCAUGCGAAACUGAAAUAGAUCCAAACACUUGUAAACAAUGUACAACUGAAGAAUAUAUUCAAACGAAACCAUUAGAAAUAUGUUCAAACUGUAUUAUGGAUGACGUUAUUGAAAAUUUUAUUACAUAUGAAGUUAAAUUUUUUAUGAAUAAUCGAGAACGUCAUGAUUUUUGGAUGAUUGAAUGUCAAUUACCAAAUUGUAAUACAAUAGAUAAUAGUGAUUUAAUACGGCAGAAGAGUAAUAUUCAAUUUGAUUUUGAUCUUUUUCUAAAUUGCAGUAGGCAACUAACAAAUAUUUUAUCAAUUAAUAUAAUAGUUUUUGUUCUACUGACAUUAUAUAUAAAAAUAAAAUUGAACUGA